UUCUUAUUUAGAAUGGAUGCUAGUUAUACGUUCUCUCCGGAAUGUUCCUGAUUAAAAAUCAAGUUCUAUCUGCUGGUUACCGGCUUUUAACAUGCAACGUAAACACUAGUAAUUAUCGGAACAGAUCCAUUGGUUGCAUUUUUAAGAAAGGUUGACAGAGCUAGAGAUCAAACUAGGAUUCAGAACAUGGAUAUGCAGGGAACCAGCCAUCAUCGCUUAUCAGACUUUACUCAUAAUAUACCAUCUGUGUUUGCAGCUGUACUGUAUGGAACAUGUUCUGUUUUAAUUGCAUUUAUCAACAAACUCCUCAUGACCACAUACCAGUUUGACUUCCCUGUGUUCAUAAUGAUGUCUCAGAUGCUGUUUACAAUCAUUGUCUUAGAGAUAUUAAGUCUUCCCUGUAUAGCAAUUUUAAAUAUGCCUAAAUAUACACUAGAACGUGGGAAGAUGUUUGCUUUACCAGCAUUGUUUUAUGGAAUAAAUUCAGUGUUAGCUCUAAAUGCAUUAAGCCAUAUGAAUAUUGCUCUGUAUGGAGUGUUGAAACGCUGUGUUCCUCUUGUAACAAUGGUACUGUCUGUUGUUAUCUUGAAAAAGGGAUGGCCAUCAAAGCUCACCAUAGGUUCUGUAGCAUUUCUCACCCUUGGAUGCAUAGUUGCAGGUUAUGGGGAUCUAACUUUUAACUUAUUAGGAUACAGUUGUGGCAUCCUGAGCAACAUUGCACAGUCUGUGUACCUGCUACUAGUCCAGCAGGUCACAAAUGGUAAACUAUCAACUGUAGAAUCUCUUCAACUCAACAGCAUCAACACGCUGCCAUUGCUUGCCAUCUUUUGUGUUCUGAAUCAAGAAAUCUAUCAUAUAUUAGAUUUUCCAUAUUAUUACCAUUGGUCUUUCAUUGUUGUAUUUUUCCUGGCUAUAAGUUUAGGAUGUUUGUUGAAUUAUUCAUUGUUUUUAUGUACAAGUUUGACAUCUGCCCUUACUACAAGUGUUGUUGGGGGUCUUAAAGCUUUGGCACAGACAUUACUGGGGAUCUUUACGUUUGGUGGAGUGAGUAACAAUAUCUCGACAAUGCUCGGUAUUUCUAUGAGUGUUACAGGAGGACUGACAUAUAUUUUUGCCAAGUACAGAGAAAACAGGAAGAAGCAUUCUGUAGAUAUGAGAAAAAUUAUGAGUUUUUCAACAGCAGAAGAUCUGAAGACACUUCAAGAGAAUGGUAAAAUAAAGAACAGUAUAUCGUCAUCAUCUGUACGAAGUGUUAAACUAGAUAUACCUACUCAUAACCAUUCUCAUAACCAGUCGUAACAGAAAGUUUUAGCUUUGCUUAUAUAUACACAUGUACAUGUAUAUUUAUAUAUAUGUGGGCACUUUUGAUGUGAUAUAAGUAUAAUGAUGUUAUAUAAUGAUUCUCUUUCACAAUCAUGGUCAUUCUUUGCCUUGUACUGAUAUUUACUAUAGUAGCUCACAAGGUAAGCUUCUGCAAUCACCUGAUAUCUGUACUGCCUCAAUUACAUUUUGUUUAACCAAUAAGAAAAGACUGAGACACAGGUGUGUUCUAUGACUACAUGUUUAAUGCUUGAGAUAAACUUUUUACAGGAUUUAUUUGCAAAUGGCCAGUCAUUUUGCACAUGGCAUGCUUCUAUGCCAUAUUUGGAUCUGUCACUCUUCAAUAAGUAGUAUAUAGUCUCAUUAUAUAAACCUUACACUGUUGCUUAAUUUAUGUGUUUGACAGUUUAAAAGGCUUUUUUCAUGUUAUGCUUCUGUGUUUAAUUCAACAUAUUUUUUCAAUAAAGUAAGAGGAGGCGUUGUGUCUCA